CGUUGUUUUAGCCGUAGAUUGGUUAGCCGAGGGCUAGAGACUAGUGGCUAGGAACUGCUAAAAGAGGAAUUCAAUCGUCGCUAUGUCGGAUAUCGACGAUGAUUUUAUGUGUGACGACGAUGAUGAUGAUUACGGAUUGGAAUAUUCGGAAGACAGCAAUUCGGAACCGGAUGUCGAUCUCGAAAACCAGUACUACAAUAGCAAAGCGUUGAAAGAAGAGGCACCGCAAGACGCGUUGAAAUCCUUCCAGAAGGUGCUGGACUUGGAAAAUGGCGAGAAAGGCGAAUGGGGCUUUAAGGCACUGAAGCAGAUGAUCAAACUGAACUUUAAGCUGCAGAACUACCCGGAGAUGAUGGCUCGCUACAAACAGUUGCUGACCUACAUAAAGAGUGCAGUUACCCGGAACCACUCGGAAAAAUCAAUCAACUCGAUACUGGAUUACAUUUCGACAUCUAGGAAUAUGGAAUUGCUUCAGAACUUUUAUGAAACAACGCUAGAGGCUCUGAAAGAUGCGAAGAAUGAUCGACUGUGGUUCAAAACCAACACCAAGCUGGGCAAGCUGUACUUUGAUCGCAAUGAUUUCACGAAGCUGCAGCGAAUCUUGAAACAGCUACACCAAUCCUGCCAGACCGACGACGGUGAGGACGAUCUGAAGAAGGGGACGCAACUUCUCGAAAUCUACGCUCUCGAGAUCCAGAUGUACACUGUUCAAAAGAACAAUAAGAAGCUGAAGGCCCUGUACGAGCAAUCGCUGCACAUCAAAUCCGCUAUCCCGCACCCGCUGAUUAUGGGGGUCAUCCGCGAGUGUGGCGGAAAGAUGCACUUGCGCGAGGACGAGUUCGAGAAGGCGCACACGGACUUUUUCGAGGCGUUCAAGAACUACGACGAAUCAGGCUCUUCUCGACGUACCACCUGCCUUAAGUAUUUGGUGCUCGCCAAUAUGCUGAUGAGAUCCGGCAUCAAUCCCUUCGACUCGCAGGAAGCGAAACCGUACAAGAACGAUCCGGAAAUUCUCGCCAUGACGAACCUGGUGACGGCGUACCAGAAUAACGACAUCAUGGAGUUUGAGUCGAUUUUGCGCAACAACCGUAACAACAUUAUGGCCGACCAGUUCAUUCGGGAGCAUAUCGAGGAUCUCCUGCGCAACAUUCGCACUCAGGUGCUGAUCAAAUUGAUACGCCCGUACACGAAGAUUACCAUCCCGUUUAUCUCCAACGAGCUCAACAUCGAUCCGGCGGAAGUGGAAAGUUUGCUCGUUUCCUGCAUUCUGGACAAUACCAUUCAAGGUCGGAUUGAUCAAGUAAACCAGGUGCUGGAGCUGAACAAAGAGGCGCGCAGUGGUGAACGUGACAGCGCCAUUGAAAAAUGGUCCAACCAGAUCGGUUCCGUGCAAGCUGCCAUCAUUAACAAGAUGGCUUAAAGACGUGGUCAGACAGCGAGCGAGAACACCUCGAGCAGCCUCCAACAUGGCCGAGUCUAGUGGGCACCGACAACGGAAGAGAAUGCGGAAAUGUCGUUGAAGUGGUUAAAGGGAGAUUACGGAAGAUUGGAAAAGAGAUUGUAAGGUCUGACUAGAGUAGUUGAGCCCCUUCACUGCAGUGCUAAUCUUUCCCUGUCUAAGGUAUCCUUUUAGGGGUCGGCGCGUUUGGUGGGGAAUGAGUUGGUUGAUCCUUGGUAGAGCAUCGUGACAUAAAAAUUACAUCUGUUUCGUGAAGUGCGUCAAUCGCUAUGCGGAGUCAAGACACCGGGAACCGAAAUGGGCUUAGUACUGGCACUUUUGAUAAGCAAAAUAUUCACACAAAUGAAAAGUGAACGGUAGCGGGGUUGUGAGAUUGUACUGAACAAUAUGUGGAAAAUAAACCCGAAAACGAA